AAGCUUUAUCAAAGCUGAAAUAUUCUCGAUUUCGUCAUGUGUAUUCAAAAAGUGUACGGCGUAGUGAAUGGUACGAUACGGGACCGGGACACGGGUUAGCGGUAGCGGCGAAUCCAAAGAUGAUUGCACUUGCUAUCGAUGUUCCGGCCGGUGGUGUUGUUCAAAUUGCCAAACUGUGUCGUAUGGGUCGAGGACGAAUGGAAUUAGGCAAAAUUAAAGAUCAUGAAGGUGCUGUAUGUGAUGUAAAAUGGAAUCCUUUCAAUGAUAAUGUUUUAGCUACCGGAUCUCAUGAUGCUACAGUUCGAAUAUGGCAUAUCGAUGAUAUGCUUAGAAUUCGCUGUUUGCGAAUAUCCCGAGCACAUUCUCGACGCGUUCAUACAGUUGAAUGGCAUACAACGGUUGAUAAUGCUGUCUUUUCGGCUUCAUUAGAUGGUCGAAUAGUGCUGUGGAAUAUUGAAACAGAUGACAUUGUAUAUAAAAUUGAAGAUUGCAAUGCCGUUUCAAUAAGCUUAAGUUAUAAUUGUUCUGAAUUUGUGAUUGUCACUAAGUCGCGUGAAUUAUCAAUUUAUGAUGCACGUACGGGUGAAAAACAACGUAGUACACAGCUUGUUCAUGAUGGUACUAUGCUUUCGCGAGUUCUAUACUAUGGAAUACCGGGAACAAAUAAUGGUAACGGUGAACGUCUUAUAACAACUGGUAGUUCACGAAGUACCCGACGACAAUUAGCUAUCUACAGUUCUCGACCUUUGGAUGCACCAUUAGCUGUUGUAGAUAUUGAUGGCGGGUCCGGUUUUCUCAUGCCUAUGGUUGAUAAUGAUCUCAAUUUAUUGUACAUUGCUGGAAAGGGUGAUGCCAAUAUUCGAUUUUAUGAAUUAUUAAAAGAAGCACCAUUUAUAUCAUAUUUGAAUGAAUCUUCCGGUUCUAAAGCACAUACAGCGGUAUGCUUACUUCCCAAACGUGGUCUCAACGUAAUACAAUGCGAAAUAAUGAGGAUAUUUCGGGUUGAUGCUGAACAGUUGGUUAUUGAACCAUUGUCAUUCUUUGUUCCGAGAAGAGCUGACGGAUUUCAAGCUGAUCUGUAUCCGGCAACACGAUCUCCAACUCCGUCCCUAUCAUUUCGUGAAUGGUUAGCUGGUUUAAAUCGUGAGCCAAUUAUGCUUGAGCUAAAAGAUUGUCUAUUGAACUGUACAAACAAACCAGUAACAUUUGCCAAGGAGAGUAAUCGAACCAAACUAAUGAUCGCUGAUGUUAACAAUGAUCGUAAAUUCCGGUUUCUAUCUCAGGUGACAAAACCGGACUAUCGCGAAAUAAAGGAUCGUGAAGAUCGUGAAGAGUUAUUGAAAAUCAAAAGAAUUAAGGCAAAAUUAGCUGCUGAAUCAGCAGAUGAAAUUAACAAAGAACAGCACAUCAAUGAGAAAAUGGGUGAAACAAAUGGUAUACAUAUUGGAGAGAAAAAUAACGGGAAUGAAAAUACGGAUAUGUCACUUUCAUCUUCAAUCAGUGAGACAAAUGUUCCAACUACCCUUACUGCUACCAAUGUUACUUUAAUAAAUCAUAAAAAUUCAUCAUCCAAUCCACAGAUUGCUAUCGUUAUCGAUCGAAGUACAUCAUUAUUUUCAAUUAAAUCUGGCAAUAGUGUUACAGCGAAGAUUGGUUCAGCUCCAAGUGUUUCUGUGGAAGAUCAUAAUGGAUUACUAAUGAAACAAACAGAGCAACAUAAAUUACCGAUGGUACGACGAAAAUUGAGUAGUGGAAAUAGUAAAUUGGAGGAACGAAGUGAGAAUGAGAAUAAUGAAAGCAGUCAUAGCUGUUUCUCGGAAGAAGCGGUCGUAAAUGUUUUGAGGGAAAUGGAACGGGAAUUAUGGAAAUGUCGAAGUAGAUGUGAACAGUUGGAAAAAAUUGUUCAUUUGCAACAGCAAGAUAUAGAAAGUUUACGGUAUGAAAUUCAUUGGAAGGAUAGUCGGAUCGAUUUCCUGCAAACUCAGUUACAGCAAUUGGAUAUAACUCGUGACACUUCUCGAUCUUCCUGA